CAAGCAGUCCUAUAUAUGUUAAAUAUGUUGCAGUAUAUCCUAGAUAUAAUACAUAUUUGCAGAACCGAACAGUUCUCCCGCUGCACAGGGAGAAUAUCUCAGAGUUGUCUUAAUUUGAAUUUCUCUGAUUAAUAAUGAUUUGGAGCAUAUUUUCGUAUGUCUAUAAAUAGUUUUAAUUUCUUCAUCUGAGAAUUGUCUGUUCAUAUCCUUUGACCAUUUAUCAAGUGGAGAAUGGUUUGAUUUCUUAUAGAGUCAAUUCUCUAUAUAUUUUGGAAAUGAGGCCUUUAUCAGAACCUUUGAUUGUAAAAAUGUUUUCCCAGUUUAUUGUUUCCCUUCUAAUCUUGUCUGCAUUUGUUUUGUUUGUACAAAAACUUUUCAAUUUGAUAUAAUCAAAAUUUUCUAUUUUGUGGUCAAUAGUGAUCUCUAGUUCUUCUUUACUCAUAAAUUCCUCCCUCUUCCACAGGUCUGAGAGGUAAACUAUCCUAUGCUCUUCCAAUUUAUUUAUAAUCUCAUUCUUUUUUUUUUUUAAUUUUUUAUUUAAUAAUUACUUUAUAUUGACACUCAUUUCUGUUCCGAUUUUUUUUUUCCCCUCCCUCCCUCCACCCCCUCUCCUAGAGGGCAAGCAGUCCUUUAUGUGUUGGAUAUGUUGCAGUAUAUCCUAGAUACAAUAUAUGUUUGCAGAACCGAACAGUUCUCUUGUUGCUUAGGGAGAAUUGGAUUCAGAAGGUAUAAAUAACCCGGGAAGAAAAACAAAAAUGCAGAUAGUUCACAUUCGUUUCCCAGUGUUCUUUCUUUGGGUGUAGCUGCUUUUGUCCGUCAUUUAUCAAUUGAAACUCAGGUCUCUUUGUCAAAGAAAUCCACUUCCAUCAAAAUAUGUCCUCAUACAAUAUCGUUGUCGAAGUGUAUAAUGAUCUCCUGGUUCUGCUCAUUUCACUUAGCAUCAGUUCAUGUAAGUCUCGCCAGUCCUCUCUGUAUUCAUCCUGUUGGUCAUUUCUUACAGAACAAUAAUAUUCCAUAACAUUCAUAUACCACAAUUUACCCAGCCAUUCUCCAAUUGAUGGGCAUCCAUUCAUUUUCCAGUUUCUAGCCACUACAAACAGGGCUGCUACAAACAUUUUGGCACAUACAGGUCCCUUUCCCUUCUUUAGUAUUUCUUUGGGAUAUAAGCCCAAUAGAAACACUGCUGGAUCAAAGGGUAUGCACAAUUUGAUAAUUUUUUGGGCAUAAUUCCAGAUUGCUCUCCAGAAUGGUUGGAUUCGUUCACAACUCCACCAACAAUGCAUUAGUGUCCCAGUUUUCCUGCAUCCCCUCCAACAUUCAUCAUUAUUUUUUCCUGUCAUCUUAGCCAAUCUGACAGGUGUGUUGUAGUAUCUCAGAGUUGUCUUAAUUUGCAUUUCUCUGAUCAAUAAUGUAUAAUCUCAUUCUUUAUGCCUAGGUCAUGAACCCAUUUUGACCUUAUCUUGGUGUAUGGUGUUACGUGUGGGUCAAUGCCUAGUUUCUGCCAUACUAAUUUCCAAUUUUCCCAGUAAUUUUUGUCAAAUAAUGCAUUCUUAUCCCAGAAACUGGGGUCUUUGGGUUUGUCAAACACUAGAUUAUUAAAGUUAUAGGCUGUUUCUCAGUGACACCUCUUGAUUGCCAAUGAGAUUUUUUCUUUUUUUUUAAAUCUUCAUCAUCCUUGGCCUUUUUAUGGAAUUUGAACAGUUAACCACUGCCACUCCUGCAUCACUCCUUCCUUGUUUGCUUAAUCCUGGGCUUUCCCUGCUUACUUCCACUACCCAACCACUUUUUCUGGUCGUUCUCUAGUUGGGAGCGUUCCCAUCUGUGCCAGGCCAUUUCCACUUCUUUUUUCCCUCAUCUUUCAACUCAACAAACUCGUACUAAGUCUCUGUUGUAUUGACAAGAUACAUUCAAAUAGUCGAAGGACCGUCAUGUGCAAAAGGAGUCUGUUUUGUAUGGUCCAGAGAAUAGGAAAAUCGGUGAAAGUUAAAAAGUGGUAGAUCUGGAUUCAUUUAAAUACUUCAUAUUUGAUGCUGAAAUAGGGAUGACGAGCAAUGGGAGAUAAAGGAUUUCCCUUUACUAGGGUAGAUCCAAGAAUAGAAGAGCACUUGGGAAGUUGGGGGGAAUCUCUUCUCUGGUUGCAUUUCCCCACCGAGUCCUUCCGCUCCCCCAUCAAGCAUCCCAAUUCCACCGACCUACUUCAUUCUUGUUCUAUCCCACCCGUUCGAGGGUCCCUCAGCAAAGGGUUAAAGCGAACUAAAUGACUUAUCCAGAGUCACACAGCCAGAGCGUGUCUUCCUGCCUCCAGGUCCGAUGCUCUACCCACGGAGCACCCAGUCGCCUAAGUCAGCGACACCCAAUGAGUUUUCGAUUUCCGUCCUCUUUAACCAUUUAACACCAAUUACGUUGAUGACUUAAUUUCCCUCCUCUCACAGGCGCCGAACCCCCUCCCCCCCCCCAAGUGACCCAAACGGUUUUACUAGAGGCGGUCUGGUACAACGAAAAAUGCUGACGACUUAUGAAAUGACUAUUUUAAAAAGUAAAAGGCAUUUACAAAAACACACAACAAAGGCCAUAGAAGUCUAUCCGGGAAAGUGGAAGGGGAACUGGAGCUGCAGGAGUCGGAGUCGAUGCCAGCCUUCAGGGCGUGGGCGGUGUCAAACGUCACAGAGCGGACUCCGGCGCUCAUAGCGAUGCAGCGCGGUGACGUUAACACGCCCUAUACGUCAGCGGACGGCGGGGCGGGGCUUUGUUUUGAAACUUGGGGGCGGGAGUGGCAGCUUCGGAAAGGGCAUCGUGGGCUGUGGGCUGGCAGGGGCGAGGCUCGCCAUGGAGUUGACUAGCGGCCGCAUGGCGGAGUCGGAGGCCGGAGAGACGUCGAGUGCCUGGGCUGGGAGAGACUCAUCCGCAGGCGACGGCGGUGAUAUCUCGGAAGCGCCGGUGAAGCAGAUACCGGUGCCGAGGCCCCCCUCCAUUGAGGAGUUCGCCAUCAUGAAGCCCAUCAGCCGCGGGGCCUUCGGCAAAGUGUAUCUGGCGCGGAAAGGCGGCAAGCUGUACGCCGUGAAGGUGAGACGGGCGGGGUGAUGGGCGGCCCGCUACAGGGCUCCUGGGAGGGGGGAGAGCAGCCGGCUCGCAUCCUGCAAUUAGGGUGAAUCCAGCUCUUGACUUUUCGCUGCCCUGGACCCCGAAGAGAUGGUUUCCUCUUCUGUGAAACGAAGGGAGUCACUUAACUGCCUCUUGUGUAUAAUGAGGUUAGUGCCAGCACCGACUUCCUAAGGUUGCUCCAAGGUUGAAAGGGGAUCAUGUUUGUGAAGCGCUUUGAAAACCGUCAAAGCCUUUAUACCUCUUGGCCGUGGUGAUGCUGCCUAGCAGGGCCGGAGCAGAGCAGCGGAACAGGUGUGGCCAGAUCGCAGGUGUCCGUCCCAGAGGGUGUCCAUCCCAGAGGGAGAACAGGGGACUACUGACGGACAGCGUGUGUAUUCCAUUCGUGUGUUAGUAAGGCCAGGCAAAGGCGGGGAAAGUGCCCCAGCGUGCUAGAGCGACCCCUGGAGGACUGGUGACACCGUGACCGCCAGGCUGGCUUGUUCUGUGCUUUACCAACGGAAUGCCCGGGUCGUUGGGGUCCCAGAACCAUUCGGCCAGCUCCUAGGUGUCUGCUUUGUGCAACCGGCUGGGCCAGCAUUGGGAACGCACAGACAAAACAAAAACAGCAUCUGCUUCCAAGGACCCUGCACCUUCCUGGAGAUGGCAUCUAUAUGCAGAUCAGUAAAUACAAGAUCGUUUGAAGAAGAAAAAUAGGAAGAGCUUAGCCCGGGGGAUGGUACUUCAGGUGGGCUUCAAAAGUAUCUAAGCAUGUAAAUGUAGUAUCGAGGCAGUACACUGCAUUUAGUCAGGAAAUAUUUAUUAAACUCCUACUAUGUACCAAAGACUACACUAAGCAUUGGGUAUAUAUACGCAGAAAGACAAUUGGCCCUCCUAAUAGAGAGCCAAAGUUUCACCAGGCAGAAAUGUUAGAUGGUGCAAGGAGGUCAAUGAGUGAGUAGUUAAUGAUUUUUAUAAGUGGAUCCUCCUAGGGAAUCUGCAUUUCAAAUUCAGACUGAGGAUCCAGCUGUGCAAAGUUACUUUGGCAAAAGGUUAAAUUACAAGUUUCAGCAAAAAGGCUAUUCCAGCUUGAAUCAUAGUGUUAAUAAUUGCUACAAUGUUUUAAAAGACAUACUUUUAUGUCAUCUGUUUCAGAUUGAUAU